UUUGUAAUAUUUUGAUCAUUUCACCAGUCCGGACCAAACUGAUCGUGCACUAUAUGUGUGAUUUCUAAACGGGGAUUAACCUCACACUUAUUUCUCCCUUGUACAUCGUUAUUCGUUUCCCCACUUAAAUUAAAACCUGUUUAUUUUCCAUCCUCUCGAAAUUCGCGAGACCCACAAACACCGGGCCUAUUUUCUCAGUACUCCCAUCAAACCGGCAAAAAAUUCCGUCGUUUAUGAGCAUCGCCGCCCCCGCCACCAUUUGGCGUUCGCUACCGUCCACUCGAUUUCAUGGAGUUGAUGGUACUCAAAAAUGAUUGAUGAGUUUUAUUUCGACAAAUAGAUACACACUGGGCCCUGACAAGAUCAAUUAUUAUAGAGAAACAAGCAAACAAUCGCUUAAUACCACGGCCAGACGGCAUAAGGGGCGGUCGCCCAUUGGGUUGCUUUGGCCGAGACGGUGUACCAUUUGCUGGUCGAGAGGGUGGAGAUGCGAGUGCGCCGCGACGCGUGCCAUCUCUUAUAAAGCUACGCCGAGUUGAAGGAGGCGCAGUGCCGCCGCCGACGCCACCGCCGCUGGUCGACGCUCACACGGUACAGGAGCGCGCGAAAACUUACGAAAGUGAGGUGUUGUGUUUGGGGAGGUGGAUGGUACGACACGUGUGAUUCCCCGAACUCCAAGUGAAUCGAUCGAUGCCGAACAGACGCCGACAUGGACAACGAAACGUUAUCGGAACACAGCAACAUUACAUCGAUUCUAAUGGAAAGUCGGAAUGUUGACCCUAAAUUAUUUGAUAGGUAUAUUAGAAACAGAGCUAUAGACGAACCGGCAUGUACGGGCCUCAUUGUCAUGUACAGUGUAUUGAUCACGUUGGGAGCUUUGGGAAACAUACUUGUGAUAGUUUCGGUGAUCCGCAAACCUGCAAUGCGUACCCCGAGGAAUAUGUUUAUUUUGAACUUGGCCGUUUCGGAUUUGCUUCUGUGUGCGGUGGUGAUGCCUUUGACUCUGAUGGAAAUUAUAACCAAAUAUUUUCCGUUUGGGAAAAACGUUUUCAUAUGCAAGGCGGUCGGACCUGCUCAAGCCACCAGUAUUUUCGUCUCCACGAUCUCCAUCACGGCGAUAGCUCUCGACAGGUACCAGGUGAUUGUAUACCCUACUAAGGAGAGCCUUCAGCUUGUCGGAGCUGUCGUCAUAUUGGGUCUAAUAUGGCUUUUGGCCCUCGUCCUCGCCUCACCCCUGUUUAUAGUGAAGCAGUUGAAAACUCAUAAAAUUUCCUUGGGGAAUGGAAUCGACGAACUUAACUUUUGUAUAGAGAAUUGGCCUUCCAAUAACAGGGCGUACUAUUCAGGAUUUUCGCUUAUUUUCCAGUAUAUUCUGCCCAUCAUUAUUGUCUCGGCCGCCUACUUGCGCAUUUCGUACAAGCUCCGCUACCGUUUCGCCGCCGGCUUCGUCAGCAGUGACGAGUCCUCCCAGAAAGGCCGCCGCCAACUCCGCGGUCGCCGCCUCCAACGCACCAACACCCUCCUCUGCUGCAUCGCCGUUAUCUUCUGCAUCAGCUGGCUCCCCCUCAACAUUUUUAACCUCGUCGCCGACCUCGACGACUCCAACAGCUACACCUCCCAACCCAUGAUGAUCUGCUACGCCGUCUGCCACAUGAUCAGCAUGUCCUCCGCCUGCUCCAACCCCGUCCUGUACGGCUGCCUCAACGAGAACUUCUGGAAGGAGUUCAAGGACAUCCUCUGCAUCUCGUCGUCGGAAAAAAACGAUGCGUCGGCCGAGUCGCAGAAGAUGUCCUUCAGGAACAAGUUCCAGAAGGUGCUGGGCAGGAGCAAGCCCGACCUGGUGGCGCAGGUGACGGAGUAUCAACCCUGCAACACCGCCAGCAGCGAUAUGACGGUGCUCACGAAGUGCUAGCCAUUAAAGAAUCUGCGGACGAGGACGAACGGCCAAAGGGAUCAAAGAGACUGUGCUGUACAUAAGACGGAGAAAAUGUGACUUGAGUGACUUGAGUGACUUGAGUGAUUUUAGUGACUUUCUGGGGAUUUUGGGGGGGUUUGGAUGAUUUUUUAGAGAACUGUAUUAUUGUUAUUGUUUGGUGUUGUGCGAGGGGGCACUGGUUGGACGCUGAGGGUGCAGUGCUUUUGCUAGCGACGAAAGUGGUGCAUCGGUACCAGGUAAAUUAGGUUGUAGGUGCGGGUUUUGGGAAGUGCGAAAGGCACCAUCUUGGAAAAUGGCGGAUGCGCUUAUAUGAGAAAUUGGUCGUCAAGUUGAUAGGAAGUUUGUAAAAAUUUUUACAUUCGAAAAUCCAACGAAACAAAAAAGAUUCGUUAACAUGACAUUGAUGUUUCGAAAAUGUAUACAGUGUCCUUAAAUGUGAUAUUAUAAACACUAGUAAAAUACAAUUUUUUAUGUUUUGUACCACAUCAAAUACAUGUCACUGAAUACCAAAAUUAUUUUUUAAUGCCAUAGAACUCAACAUAGUUAGGUGUAUGUUGAACUCAAAAAGGAAAUACUCACAGUGAAACCUAAAAAUUGUCAGAGAAAUAAAAAUACUAGAUGACCGAUUUUUCGUGAGUUGUUUCAUAUUAAUCUGAGAAUUUUUCAAUGGCGCUCGCUUUAUCCCACUUACAAAACCCGAAAUUUUUCCUUCGUUUGAAAACCGAAUUUACAUGGUAUAUACAGAGUGUCACAACACCGGCGAGUCCACGGUGUUCCGUGACCCCACAAAGUGUUCAACAGGUGCCCGUCUCAGACUUUAUAGUGUCCAUUGACUCUUUACAGACUUCAACGUAUAUUUGUAAAACCUUAACUAUUUAGAUGUCAAAUUGACAAUUCGGAUGCCUGUGACACCUGUCAAUUUAUAAUGUAGUCACUUGUCAAUCUAGUUUUUGUCAACUAUACACACUUUACUAAAUAAACGUCAACGUAACGUA